AUGGCGUUUAGCCUCGAGGCCCUUGACCCGAUUCCGAUCGUUGAUAUCCGCUACUGCCGGACGCAGCCGACAUCAAUUGUGAUUCCCAAGCGACUGUACAUGACGCACAUCGACUGCAGUCUAUGCACCGUAGACGGCGAGCCGUUUUUCCACUGGGACGGUCGCAAGACGGCGCUUAUGGACCACGCGACAUCGCCCACGGUCAUUGCCCACAUGUCCCGGAAGACGCACUCGCACAUCAACAUGCACAAAGUUUUCUUGGAGUCGCGCUUUAUGGCCAAGCACCAGAUCAUGCGCAUCCUUGUCGACUUCCCAGCGCUCUACCACCCAGCCGUCACGAGUGUCGUCGAGUCCAUCGACGGCGAACGAGUAUCGUUUCACGUGAAUGGCGAGUGGAGCGAACGCAGCGCCAUUCUUAGCAUGUCCCGCUCCCCGUUCGAGACACCGGUCGUUGUCGCCCGCAUUCGCAGCCACGGCGCCGCCGCCGCGCCCUUUAGCGAGUAUGUCGUUGACGUUGUGCCCGGCGUCGACGUUGCAGCCGUCAUGCUUGUCUGCAUUGCCAUCGAUCGUAUUGCUAGCGUGCUUCGAGGCGUCAUCUAUUAG